AUGAGUGUUCCCUAUGCGGAUGAACUAGCAAAAUAUAUUGAUUCAGAGGCCUCAUCGGUUACAAUCACACCCAAUCUAGAUUUAUUUUCACCCAAUUCCUCACAACUGCAUUUGACAGAUGAGGAGGAUGAAAAUAUACUGGUCCAACCGAAAUGUAAUCAAAUUGUAAUAUUGGUCCCGGUUAAUAAUACUGAUUCACCAGUUACAGUUUCUUCACAGUCUAUAACCUUAGUCGGUGAUAAAAUACCGAUCAGUGCUUCCUCUGCAGUAUUAAACACUAAUAAUAUAACUUUGACUUUUCCUAUAUGGAUUACUAGCGAUAGGUCUAAUAGCGCAACGGCAACUACUACAGUCCAUACAGCAUCUGUUAGUGCAUUGGCUCCUCUUUGCACAGUUUUGACAACGAAUACGGGGUGUGUACAAAAAAGUUCUAUAAGCAGUCAAACAGAAACGAUAGUAGAGGAGGAAGAAAAUGUAAAUAAUCAGAGAAGAAAUUCAUCUCUACAAUCUAGAAUAAUAUCGACAACAAAUAAUACUCUAAUGUGGGAUGGAGUAGCAUGUCAGACUGAUAUGAGCCUAGAUAUGUCUAAUGAAGCUGUGUGA